AUGCAAUUAUUGAUUACGGUGUGGAAUCGAGAGCCAUGGUAUAUGCGUCAUAUCGGUCGCUCCAGAAACGUUAUCGUCGAAGUGGAUGGCGAUGGAACUGUUGGUGACGUGGCAAAGAAGUUGUCAACCACGCUUGGUAUUCCUCACUCUAACUUCCUUCUUAUCCUCUGUGGAAAUAAAUUAACUUACAAUACACCGAUCAGUGCCCUCUUACUUGGACCACAAACCUCGCUAACAGCAGUAGUCACUGCACCUUGUUCAUCAGAAGAUGAAAAGCAGAAAAGUGGAUCCUCAUUGUCCGCAAAUAACAGGUCAUCUGAAAUCACAUCAUUUAAGGUCUUUUGUAAAAGUUGCAGUUCACUAAAGAACGGUAAAUUGCGCGUCUAUUGUGUUGAGUGCUCAUCCGCUUCACUAAUUCUCACUAGAGAGCCUUCCAGUUGGAAUGACGUUCUAAUAAAUACUAUACAAGCCGACUGCAAGGAUUGUGAGAAGGAGACUGCAGCACGUUUUUGCUUCAAAUGCAUCGACUGCGGCCAGGUGGCAGUACCUCUAACACAUGUUCGAAAUUUUCGUGGAUUAGGCAAUUGUUCGAUAUGUUGUGAUUCGCAUAUGAAAAUUGUUGUGCAGUUGAAUUGCCAUCAUCAAACAUGCGUGGAUUGUUUCUCAACCUAUAUCAAAACAGCUUUUGUUGAACAUCAGUUUGCAUUUAUGCCGCCAAAUGGUUACACUGUUGGUUGUCCUGUUUACAACUGUCGUGGAUGUGUAGUCGACACACAUUGUUUUUAUCUGAUGGGCAAAUCGACUUAUGACGAAUAUCAGCGGCAAGCAGCAGAACAUUUUAUUACGCUGGAACAAGAAGGAAUGUUUUGUCCAAGAGCAAACUGCGGUGCUUCUUUUCUAUGGGAGUUUAGUCCAUCAAAUCCAAAGAUAAUUUGUCCGGAAUGUUAUGUCUCAUUCUGUGGCUUAUGUCGACAAUUAGAAUGUAUUUGUUUGGGAACAGAUGCGACCAAGAAGACCAUCGAGCGUAUAUGUCGCAGAUGUCCCUCUUGUGAUACUCCAACAGAGCGGAAUGGCGGUUGCGCUCACAUGCACUGUUCGCAGUGUGGUGAGCAUUGGUGUUUUUUGUGUGUGAAGUCAUGGAGUGAAAAUUGUCAAUGGAAUCACUGGUUCGACUGA